AGCCUAGUUUUCUCCGCUGGCCCCGCCCUCGCGUGACGGCCGGACCGGGAAUUGGCAGCGGCGCUGCAGCCAUUUCCGGUUUCGGGGAGGUGGGUGCGGUGCGGAGCGGGAGUUGGCGCCGCAGCCGCCUCCAGAGCCUGCCCUGCUGCCGGGUGCUGCCGGGUGCUGCCGGGACGAUGCGGCCGGAGCCCGGAGGCUGCUGCUGCCGCCGCCCGCUGCGGGCGAACGGCUGCGUGAAGAACGGGGAGGUGAGGAACGGGUACGUGAGGAGCAGCACCGCCACCGCCGCGGCUGCCGGCCAGAUUCAUCAUGUUACAGAAAAUGGAGGACUGUAUAAAAGACCGUUUAAUGAAGUGUUUGAAGAAACACCCAUGCUGGUUGCCGUGCUCACAUAUGUGGGGUAUGGCGUCCUCACCCUCUUUGGAUAUCUUCGAGAUUUCUUGAGGCAUUGGAGAAUUGAAAAGUGCCACCAUGCAACAGAAAGAGAAGAACAAAAGGACUUUGUGUCAUUGUAUCAGGAUUUCGAAAACUUCUAUACAAGAAACCUCUACAUGAGGAUAAGAGACAACUGGAAUCGACCUAUCUGUAGUGUGCCUGGAGCCAGGGUGGAUAUCAUGGAGAGAAAGUCCCAUGACUACAACUGGUCGUUCAAGUACACAGGGAAUAUAAUUAAAGGUGUUAUAAACAUGGGUUCCUACAACUACCUUGGAUUUGCGAGGAACACUGGAUCAUGUCAGGAAGCAGCUGCUGAAGUUCUGAAGGAGUAUGGAGCUGGAGUGUGCAGCACUCGGCAGGAGAUUGGAAACCUGGACAAGCAUGAAGAACUAGAGAAACUGGUAGCAAGGUUCUUGGGCGUGGAAGCUGCUAUGACCUAUGGCAUGGGAUUUGCAACAAAUUCAAUGAACAUUCCUGCUCUUGUUGGCAAAGGUUGCCUGAUUCUGAGUGAUGAGCUGAACCAUGCAUCACUGGUUCUAGGAGCCAGGCUGUCGGGAGCAACCAUUCGAAUCUUCAAACACAACAACAUGCAAAGCUUGGAGAAGCUUUUGAAAGAUGCCAUUGUUUAUGGGCAGCCUCGGACAAGAAGGCCCUGGAAGAAAAUCCUCAUCCUCGUGGAAGGCAUAUAUAGCAUGGAAGGAUCUAUUGUUCGCCUUCCUGAAGUGAUUGCUCUCAAGAAGAAGUACAAGGCAUACUUGUAUCUGGAUGAGGCACACAGCAUUGGGGCCCUUGGCCCUUCAGGGCGAGGUGUGGUAGACUACUUUGGCCUGGAUCCCGAGGAUGUAGAUGUUAUGAUGGGAACAUUCACAAAGAGCUUCGGUGCUUCUGGAGGAUACAUUGGAGGCAAGAAGGCGCUGAUAGACUAUCUUCGCACACAUUCUCACAGUGCUGUGUACGCCACGUCGAUGUCACCACCUGUGGUGGAGCAGAUCAUCACCUCCAUGAAGUGCAUCAUGGGACAGGAUGGCACCAGCCUUGGCAAAGAAUGUGUACAGCAGUUGGCUGAGAAUACCAAGUACUUCAGGAGACGCCUGAAGGAAAUGGGGUUCAUCAUCUAUGGCAAUGAAGAUUCCCCAGUGGUGCCUUUGAUGCUCUACAUGCCGGCCAAAAUUGGUGCCUUCGGGCGGGAGAUGCUGAAACGGAACAUUGGUGUAGUUGUGGUGGGAUUUCCUGCUACCCCGAUCAUUGAGUCCAGAGCCAGAUUUUGCCUGUCAGCAGCUCAUACCAAAGAAAUACUUGAUACGGCUUUAAAGGAGAUAGACGAAGUUGGGGACCUGCUGCAGCUGAAGUACUCACGCCGUCGGCUGGUGCCUCUGUUGGACAGGCCCUUUGAUGAGACGACCUAUGAGGAGACAGAAGACUGAGCCUUUUUGGUGCUCCCUAGAGGGGGAAACUCCCUCCCAGGACAGCGUGUGGCCUUUCUGAGCCAGUUCCAGGAACCACACUUCAGUGACCACCUCAUGUGAAAGACAGUUCUGAAGCUACUGAAGGUGGCCACCUCCACUCCAAAUGGCAUUUUGUAAAUAGUAAAAACAAACAAACUGCUUCACAUUCUUCCUUUGUUUGCUAAGUCUCACCUUUAUAUAUAUAUAUAUAUAUAUAUAUAUAAAAAAAUGAUUACUUUGUCCAUUAAAAAUGUUUUAUUUUAUAACUAUUCUAUUUGUGAAAUCACGCUAACCCUUGCCUGUGGCUUACCACACAGGCAUUCCCCACUCCCCAUUCCAGCCACCUCAUGGGCUUGGAUCCAUCAAGACUUACCCUGGCCCUGGCUAUCCAGCCUCGAGACUCACUGGCCCUCUCCCUAGGGAGCAAGUGCCUUCUGCUGACUUCCCAUCCAGGUCUCAGAGGUCGCCCCCAUUGUAACCCUUAUUUAACCAGUCAAGUUAAUCAACCAAAGCAUUCUGUCUUUAGUCUUAAAUGUUAACAAUGCUAAGAGGUUUGUUAUGUGACUCCCCCUGGCCAAGGACCUCAUUGGACUGCUUUUACUCUGUUUUUUGUUGUUGUUCUGAUCACCAAAUAAUUUAUUCAUUAUCAGGUAUUUCUUCAUAUGGUCACAGACUGAAGAUGUGUCCAGAGUUUGGAUUUGUCACCAGAUCGAACUCUAAUGCUUCCCACCUCCAAAGUUAGGACAGCCUCUGGCUGGUUCUGGGUCCAGAUUAGGAUCUGACCUGGUAAGGGAAGUGUUGGUCAGUCCUCUGCCUGUGUUCCACUUCCCCAUCAUUAGUGGUCUAGGUUCUCCUUGUAGAUGCUGACCACUUGAACAGUGCUUCUCCAAAUGCCAGUUCUUCUACUCUUAAUGGCCUAAGACUACUUUAACCCAGCAUCCGGGGCUGCCUUCUCUUGUGCUUCCAUUGGAUACUUUGUUUCCUUGAGGAAUUUCUGAUCAAAUACCUCUUUCCUAAACUGGAAUAGCCUCUUUUCCUGUCACCCCCAGGUCAGGGACUUCAUCCAGAGCUUUGUGCGGCUUGACCAAAGAACACAUCUGAAGAGCACCGCUUAAAGUUACCUUUUUCUUUUGACCAAAGCUUAGUUGAAGAGAACUUUUGACUUUAUUGUUACUGAAGAUGAAUUUGUCUUUUAGUAGUGAUCAAGUGUUAGAGGGAACGGUUGAGAACAGAAUGAAAAGAACUGUAUAAAAGUGUAUUCUGCAUGUGGCUCUUUUAAAGAAUAGGAAAGAAGCCAGGCAGUGGUAGCACACACCUUAAAUCCCAGGCAGGUGGAUCUCUGAGUUCGAGGCCAGCCUGGUCUACAUAGUGAUUUCCAGGACAACCAAAGCUGUUAGACAAAAAACAAAAAAAGCCCUGUCUCAAAUCUCUCCCCACACCCCAAAAAGAGAAUAGAAAUGGAUGCAUAACCUAGAUGUGGUGGCGCACGCCUUUAAUCCUCGCACUCAGGAGGCAGAGGCAGGUAGAUCUCAGUGAGCUUGAGGACAACAAGGGCUGAUAGUGAAACCUGUCUCAAAAGAGAAAAAAGAAAGAAAAAAAUGGUCAGAAGAACCACAGAAAGAGACAAGAACUACAUUUAUAAAAAAGAUUCCGUAACUAAGUCUUGUAAAGCUCAGAACACCUUGCUCACUCUCCCCCUAUAGAAUCCCACUGGAAUGCCAAGUAUAGUUACUGUUUAAUGAUGUAGGUAGAGGCCUUGCAAAAGUAGCAAGCUUUAAGCGAUGAACCUGCCUGCUAGUCUUUCAGCUUACGUAAAGUCACUUCAAAUUAAAGUGCUAUUGACGGGCAUUUAAAUUUUUAUGUGUAUCACUUAGUUGGUACAAAGUUUACUUCAAGCUAAAUGUAAUUAAGUUACAAGUUUAUUUUGAAGAGGACAAAAAGGUGUAUGCACAUUAUAUGUGACUGGUUUAUUUGUAACUCUGUAAUAGAAAUCUUGGGUCCAGUCAUGUCAUAGGUCAUUAUCCAAAUUUUGGAGUGAUACAAGGCCAUAAUAGUCAAGCAUUUGAGAAUGAGUAGAAGUCUGGACCUCAGAGAGAUUCAAACAUAUAUAAGUCAGCCAUCACCACCAGAGCUGACUGCCAAUUGGUCUACAAGGCGCAACUGAUCUUAGCACUUCGCAUCAUGCUUUUCGUUAUCAUUGUCCUUAUUCAUUUCAUGUUUGUAAGACCCACUUCACAGCCGGUCAGAAUCAUGCGUGAGACUUGGCCCAAGGAGCAGGGGCAGUGAGCAUCUCCUCCGUGUAGUGUCCUUGUUUAAGGGAUCCAGCCCUCUUCAGUUCUUCAUCCAUGCUCUUCAACUCUUCUGGUCCAGGCAGUGUUCAAAAUCAGCCUUCUUCCUUGAGUUGUCCUGCCCCACACCCUCCCGUAGGCUGGUAGGCUGAAGGGUGGAAGAACAUCCUCGUAGUGCUCGCCUCUGGUCUUUCACUCGCCCUCUCCGUAGCUUCUGCUUCUUGGCGGUUGGGAUUCUAGCUCCAGAGAAGACUUGACAUGUGCUGGUGCAGAGUUGGGGGAGCUGUGCUGUAGACAGCCUGCUCCUUGCAUGCAUAACCGUGUACUUCAGUGACUGUCAGGGGACUUUUUCCUUUUUUAGUUGAGGGCGUCCAUAUCUGAGUCUCCGUGACGGGCAGGGUGUGGCCAGACUACCUGGUGUGUAAUGUGCUUUGCAAAAAGCGGGAUGAACAGCUGACUUAGAUUUUCCAACUCUUUGGACAAGAAGGAAAUGAUUGCUACCACCUCCCUUUUCCCAAAUUGAGGAGUCUGCCUAAUUGUCUGUAGUAUGUUUGACAAAGCCUCAUAGAAAAGAAUAACAACUGGUUCCUCCUGUGUGAAGGAUUGCUGUGGGUCAGGUAUGGUACACACCUGUAAUCCCACUGCUUAGGGGACAGAAGCAAGAGGACCUCCUAGAAUUCUCUGGAUUAGCCUGGGCUACAGGGUAAGACUCUUUUGCUAUGACUGAGUACCAGCACGCUGUUGUAGGUGAGAAAUACCUACGUGUUCCUGUUGUUGCUUUGUUUCCAGUGUGGCAUUAGAAAAAGAGGGAGAAUUGUGCUUUUUUCCGACUGCCCUGUGCCUGUAAUGAUCAGGAGCUAUGGAGUGUUUCUCACAGGUGAAAUCACCUUGGCCUAGGGCUAUGAACAGAGAGGUUUUAUGAAAAUCAGGAUUCUGCUUGUCUUUUUAUCAAAGAAUCUAUAGCCCCACCCCCACCCCCACCCCCACCCCAGUUCCAGAACCUAUGGACGGGCUGUUACCUGUAAGCUCAGUGCCCAGCAGGCAUCUUAAUCCGUUAAGCCGGUCAAUCAAAAUACCUUCCAUGUGGAGAAAAGCAUGUCCUUCCUCCCCUCUGCCUUAGCCACAUGAAUUGUGUGCUCGGGCUCCUAGCCAGCUGCUGUGUCCAGCCAGACAGCCAACUCGGAGCUCAGAGAAAUGCUAGGGCCUGCCAGUGAUCCCUUCCUUCCCUUGUCCUGCCUGCAAAAUGCUGUUGUUCCUUUGUAGUUUCCGGUGACUUCCGUUUUCCAAGCAGCUUUUUGCUGUAGAGUGAAGUGUUUCUAGGAGGGAAACAAGGAGCCAACUUUGGCCCUUCAUGAAAAUGACCAUUUUCAUCGAUGCUGAGCCUGAAGGUUCUACAUUCACAGUUCACCCCUUCGGAGUAGCUUGGGGGGUAGGGGAGCAGUGGGUAAGAUUCUGUUUACUACGGUAUGGCCUUAAAUUGUUACUGUUUCUGGUGUAAUGGAUUGUAAUAAACUGACCCUGAAGAAUGCCGAGGCCCUUACCCCGCAGUCACUGUUUUUAAUGAAGCAAUCCCUAAAGCUCUGUUUUGGGAGCAGUCGUGGGAGGUGGAAUGAAAGGUGCCUGCACCCGGAUGUGAUGCUAAGUGUCUGUUUACUUACCGUCUGAGUUCUCCCCAUGUGCAAGGGAACUCCCGUCAACUCAGAGUCCAGCAUGGUUCCCAGGUCUCUCGUGCAGUUCCUGACUGUUUGGGGGGGUGGGGUCUUCCAACUGAGUGGAGGCUGUACCACCAAGUGGGGUGGAGUAGUGACUUACCUUCCCCCUUGACAUUGUACCUCAGGAUGGGUUUAGCCAGUAGUUGGAAUUGAGAGCUUCCCUACUGAGUCUCUCUUGACGGGGCAUGGAAGCCUUUACUAUAGUUUAGCCUAUGUGCCACAGUCUUGAUGAUCCCCCUCUGUACAAAGGCAGCUAACAAUAAGGGAUGGGGGGGAAGAGGAGAGCAGGUGUCCAUGGGAGAGCUGAUUUAGGGUGGCCCUGGUGAUCCACGUUUUCCCACUGACCGGGUUACUAUAAACUGGAAUUAGCGAGGCAUACUGUGAUCUAACCCUUUCCAUUGCUGCAAUGUCCUUAUCUAAACCUGGGAUGUGGGGUCCUUUUUCAUUGAGUAGUGUCUCACCAACGCCACUCUUCUGUAGCCCGCUGCUUUCUUGCCAGAUGAUGAUUUAUUAAAAUUUCAUUUUAUAUCGGAUGACUGCGAAGCUGUCCAUAGUAGGCUGUGGAGGGUGUCAAUUUUCAGAGUGCAUGUUAAGAAUUCAAAGGGGACCUACUUGAUAUGAAUCAUCCCACAAAUACUGUUUUGCCCUAAUAAAAUGUUCAGAAAUAGA